GAUGAACAACCACGCCGGCCCUGUUUACUUCCCACCUAUUCUUUCUUGAAGUCAGAGAUAGCUUUAUCCUCCUCCGGUACUUUGGUUUUCCCGGCCACCGUGUUUACUUCCUUGGGCCGGCCAAGAUGGUGGACCGCCGCCAUCUACUUUUCACUCUCCUCUUCUUCCACCUCCUAGUUUUUUCUGAAUCCCACAAAUUCAAUAACUUCCACCGGAAGAAGAAAAUCGAUGGCCCCAUCAAAACCCUUGUGGUUAUAGUCAUGGAAAACCGCUCCUUCGAUCACAUUUUAGGAUGGCUUAAAUCAACUCGCCCGGAUAUUGAUGGUCUGACCGGAAAAGAAUCGAACCGUUUCUCGGCUUCUGACCCUAAUUCGCAGGAAGUCUUCGUCUCCGACGACGCUGUGUUCGUCGACUCCGAUCCUGGUCACUCGUUUCAAGCGAUUCGAGAGCAGAUUUUUGGGUCAGAGGACGUCUCCGCCAACCCUGCUCCCAUGAAUGGGUUUGUUCAAGAAGCAGCGAAUAUGGACGAGCGUAUGCCGAAGACGGUGAUGAGUGGUUUCAAGCCGGAGCUUGUUCCAGUUUACACCUCUUUGGCGAACGAGUUCGCUGUUUUCGAUCGAUGGUUCGCUUCUGUGCCCACUUCGACUCAGCCGAAUCGGUUUUACGUUCACUCGGCCACCUCUCAUGGGUGUCAGAGUAACGUAAGAAAGGACCUCAUCCAUGGUUUCCCUCAGAAGACUAUUUUCGAUUCGAUAGAAGAGAAUGGGCUUAGCUAUGGGAUUUAUUACCAGAAUAUCCCUGCAACUCUGUUCUUGAAGAGCAUGAGGAAGCUUAAGCACGUGAUUAAGUUCCAUAGUUACAGUUUGAAGUUCAAAUUACACGCCAUGUUAGGUAGGCUUCCUAAUUAUGUGGUGAUCGAGCAGAGGUACUUUGAUGUGAACUUGUUCCCUGCAAACGAUGAUCAUCCAUCGCAUGACGUUGCGCUUGGGCAGAAGUUUGUGAAGGAGGUGUAUGAGACAUUGAGGAAAAGCCCCCAAUGGAAUGAAACGGCGCUGUUGAUCACCUAUGACGAGCAUGGUGGGUUUUAUGAUCAUGUGUCCACGCCGGUUGCUGGUGUCCCCAACCCUGAUGGGAUUAUUGGUCCUGAUCCAUUCUACUUCAGGUUCGAUAGGUUGGGUGUUCGAGUACCGACGUUUCUUAUCUCUCCCUGGAUAGAGAAAGGGCUUGUGAUCCAUGAGCCUAAUGGACCAACUCAAUAUUCACAAUAUGAACAUUCUUCUGUUGCUGCAACUGUAAAGAAGCUCUUCAACCUGAAAUCAAAUUUCCUGACAAAGAGAGACGCAUGGGCUGGGUCCUUUGAGAACUACUUCUACCUCCGUGACACACCCCGUACUGAUUGUCCAGAAAAGUUGCCCGAAGUCACAACUUCGUUGAGGCCACAUGGACCGCAUGAGGACAAGAGCCUUUCGGAAUUCCAGUUGGAGUUGAUUAUGCUUGCAGCUCAACUGAACGGAGAUCACGUUCUCAGUUCUUAUCCAGACAUGGGAAAAAGCAUGACAGUGGCUGAAGCCAACAGGUACGCCGAGGAUGCCGUAGCUAGGUUUUUGGAAGCUGGAAAAGCUGCCUUAAGGGCUGGAGCUAAUGAGUCUGCCAUUGUUACCAUGAAACCUUCACUCACAAGCCGAACAACUGGAGGAGUCUAUGGGUCACAUUUUCAAAGUCAUUGAUUAACCCAUGAUGAUUAUCAUCAUAAUCUAUUGUAAAUAUGAUACGUAAAUUCACAAAUACCUUUAUUUCUGUAUUAUAUAAGAAAAAUGUUCUACUUUUACGAUGGCUAUAGGAUAGAAUGGUUGGUCUUGUGGCUAACCUCUUAUGGAAGUUCAACUGUUGUGAUGGCUAAUUCAGUUUGGUGGUUGGUCAGCAAAUGUUCUGUUGCAUGGUGAGAGAAAGGUGUACCAUGUAAGAGAGAGGGCAAAAAUGUUAGAUUGUCUAAUUCUGAACCUUGUAGUUGUUAGAAUGUAAGAGCUUCAUUCUUGUGGCUUCGCCUUCACAGCAAAUGUCCAAUAAUAGGCUCCAUGAUGGUGGCAGAUUAUCUCUCUUUCACAUGAAA